AUGGCUAACGCUCGGAAGGAGCUCACCUUUGCCGGAACGUUGCGUAACUUGAACGUCAUGUGGCGCAUGAUGGGCAUUCCGACGUGCGAGGAGUUUUAUCGAACGGGCCUGUUGGCAAUCUUGAAACAGAACGGCGUGUUUCUUAUUUGGUUCGUUAUACUCGUCUAUACCACCAUCGGUGAGAUUAUCUACCUGUGGCAACUGUUCCAGCAGGAAUCGUCCUUCCUGGAGGUGACAUUUCAGGCACCGUGCGUUGGCUACUGUAGUAUCUGUCUGUGGAAGAUGGUCGUCCUGGCGGUACGGCGCAAUACGAUCGCCGGGCAUGUCGAGCUGUUUCGUAUUAAAUGGAACAAAGCGAUUGUAACGGAUGAGCAUCGAAGGUUGUGUGAGGAGACGAUGAUUCCCGCAAUAAGAAUUGUUACCGUGGCGGCAAUCGUGAACAUUGUGAUGGGGAACUCCUUUUCGUUGCUACCGUUGGCGGAGAUGACGUAUCAUUACUAUCACACGGGCGAACCGCAACGGUUGCUUCCGUUCAACAUUUGGUGGCCGUUCGAUCCGUACGCUGGUGCCAAGUACUUUUACUUUGUCUAUCCGAUGUACUUUAUUAUUACUUUCUCGGCAGUUCUUAUCCAGAUGGCCUUUGAUUGUUUGUUCUGCAUCCUGGCCGCCCAUCUGUGUCUUCACUUUCGCAUCCUGAAGCACAACAUUUCUCAGGUGGUGAUGGUGCAAGGUAAGCCGACGAAGCCAAAAUCAUUAUCCAAUCGCCAGCGACUGCAUGAUGCCAUCGAAACGCACCAGGAUCUAAUGGGCUGUAGCGACUUUAUGCAGAAUGUGUUCAGCGUGGCGCUGUUUGUCAACUUCUUCGGCAGCUCCAUCAUCAUUUGCAUCCAGGCGUUCAUGAUAACGACGGCCAAGGGGUAUACGCUGGCAAAGUUCCUUCUUUUUAUGCUGUCCUUUCUGAUGGAGCUACUGAUGCUGUGCGCUUACGGAGAGGCCAUUGUGCAAUCGAGUGGUGACGUGGCUGAUGCAACGUACCAUUGCUUGUGGUACGGACAGGACAGACCGUUUCGCACCUCGAUUCUGCAAAUCAUUCACCGUAGCCAGCGACCGAUGAUACUGGUGGCCUGGAAGUUUUGGCCAAUCCGCAUCCAAACGUUUAGCAGCAUACUGCAAGCAUCCUGGUCCUACUUUACACUCCUGCAAACCGUUUACGCCGAAGAGUGA